AUGAGAGAGGUUUUAGCUGACUUGAAAGCAGCUGGGGCUACUUGGGUGCAGUUCGAUGAGCCAAAGCUUGUGCUAGAUUUGGACUUUCAUCAACUGAAAGCAUUUACAAAUGCUUAUUUACAGAUGGAAGAGUCCUUAUCUGGUCUGAAGGUUAUUGUUGAGACCUACUUUUUUGAUGUGUCGGUCGGACCAUAUAAGACUAUCACUUCAUUGAAGGGCAUCUUGGCUAUUGGGUUUAAUCUGGUUCGUGGAGAGAAGACCCUUGAAUUGAACAAGAGUUUGGGUUUUCCUUCCAGCAAGUAUGUGUUUGCUAGAGUUGUUGACGGUCAUAACAUUUGGGCUAAUGAUCUCAUAACAUCUCUUAAGACGUUGAAAGCUCUUGAGAGCUAG